AUGGCCACCAUUCGGGUCUAUUACACCAGCGUCACGGGAUCCAGGGAGGUGAAGCGGCAGCAGACCCAGGUCCUCCACGUCCUGGAUGGGAGCCGCGUAAAGUACCAGCUGGUGGAUGUCUCCACCAGUGAACGGUUGCUGCAGGAGAUGAGAGACAAAACUGGCAAGCCUGAUGCGGUUCCACCGCAGAUAUUUAAUGGAGAAGAGUACUGCGGGGAUUUUGAGAUGCUAUACGAAGCGACGGAGAAUGAAGAAGUUCAAAAGUUCCUGAAGAUGGCAGCUAUAGACAAAGUGGCACGGGAAAGGAUUACUAUCUGA